UCGUUUAAAACAUUCGCAGAUACUUGGGCUGACAAUGAAAUAAACCGAUGGAAAAUAAAAGGGGUGGUGGAAUAUAUAAACACUCCUGUCAGCGAUCAAUCGACAUCAAAAGUGGUCGAGCAUUCCUCCAGGUAGCAAAGAUGGGGCCAAAGCUUGCGCUUUUAAUUGCUCUCACUGGGGCGUUGGAAGUUAUUGCUGAAAAAGAGCACGUUCAUUUCAAAAUCCACGUGCCGGAAAUAAUAAAGCAUCACGAGCACACUCAUACGAUUGUCAUUCACGUUCAUCACCAAUCGAAGAAGAAAAAACCCUCGCAUUUCCACAAUCAGCAUGAUGGCUGGUACACCUACAGUCAGCACACGGGACACCAUGGAGAGUACGGUGGUGGUAAAAAUUAUGACGAUCAUAAUCGAGUACCAACUCCUGUGUAUCCAGCCCUUGUCACCUACAGGGCUCACCAAUCAGAUACCACUGUUCCAUACUACGACGAUUUCACUGGUGAUGCCCAAUAUGCUCACAAUCCAGAUUCAUUCAAAAAUGAUUACGAGGAAGGAGUCCCUGGAUAUGCCCAUCCUCUUCGAUACACCACUGGUCAUUAUGAAGUUACUGAGAGUCCAGAAGAAGCUCCCGCCUCUUACGAGAGGACCACCUACGAUCAGAGUCACAAAUCUGGUGGAGAAAUAAUCCACGGCCAUGUGCAUGAGAAUAAAUCGAACAGUUUUUAUAGAAAUAAAAUUGAAGAAUCUUCCGAGAAAACCAAGAAGCAGAGUAGUGAAGAGAAUUUCAAAUUUCCAGGAAUUGAUUACAUGAAGCAAAAACUCGGUUAAGCACGACAUUUUAA